AUGGCGCCAAACAACGGCCUGAAUCCCGGCGGGAACGUCAAAGUUGUGGUCAGAGUCAGAGCGUUUCUUCCUCGAGAAAUAGAGAGAGGCGCACAAUGCUUAAUCCAGAUGAACCCGCAUACUCAAUCGACAAAGCUGUUAGCACCGCCCUCGACCGACCCUGCAAAUUCACGAGCACAGACCAGAAAAGUGGUGGAUGAAAAGUUGUUCACAUUUGACAAUUCGUUCUGGUCACACAACCCGAGGGAUGCGCACUAUGCCACACAAGAGGAUGUGUACAACUGCUUGGGGGAAGAAUUCUUGGAUCACAACUUUGAGGGAUACCAUACGUGCAUCUUUGCCUAUGGACAGACCGGUUCAGGGAAGAGUUAUACAAUGAUGGGGACGCCCGAACAGUCGGGAUUGAUACCGAGAACAUGUGAAGACUUGUUCCAGCGGAUCGAGGCCAACGAAAGCGCCAACAUCAGUUACAGUGUGAGGGUGUCCUACUUCGAAGUCUACAACGAGCACGUCAGGGACCUAUUUCAACCUCGAACCGACCCGCCUCAGUACCUCAAAAUCCGAGAGUCUCCCACUGAAGGACCUUACGUCAAAGACCUGACAGAAAUCCAGGUGAAGAAUUACGCCGAAAUUCUGAAAUACAUGCGGAUGGGCGACAAUUCGAGAACCGUGGCCUCCACCAAGAUGAAUGACACCUCUUCUCGGUCCCAUGCAGUCUUUACGAUCAUGCUGAAGCAGAUCCACCAUGAUUACCACACAGAUGAGACAACCGAGAGGCUGGCCAGGAUACGGCUAGUUGACCUGGCAGGAUCUGAGCGAGCAAAGGCGACAGAGGCCACCGGCCAGAGAUUGAGGGAGGGUGGAAACAUCAACAAAUCACUGACCACGCUCGGGAGGGUCAUUGCUGCUCUCGCGGACCCCAAGCACUCUCGAAUGCACAGCAAACAGCGAUCGAACCGCGAUAUUGUACCUUAUCGCGACUCGAUCUUGACAUGGCUGUUGAAGGACUCGCUCGGAGGGAACUCCAAGACUGCCAUGAUCGCCUGCAUUGCUCCGUCAGACUAUGACGAAACUCUGUCGACCCUGCGAUAUGCAGAUCAAGCCAAGCACAUCCGCACCAAAGCUAUUGUCAACCAGGAUCAUGUCUCGUCUGGAGAGAAGGACGCUCAGAUCAAUGAAAUGGCAGAAACGAUCCGAGCAUUGAGGUGGACACUCAGCCAACAGCAACAGAACGGUAGUGCCUCUGUCAUGAAGGCUGUGCAGGAAUCUGCCGAUGCCCAAUCCGAGAAGAUCCGGGAAUUCACAACGAAGUACGAGAACAUGCUGCAGAUCAUGGAGGAGAAGCUGGCUAUUUCCGAGUCCAAGGUUCGACAGCUGGAGGAAGAGAAGGAAGCACUGAGUAUCCACUUGAAGCUUGUCCUCGACGAGCUCAAAAACCCGAUCAUCAUCCACAAGGAGGAGAACGAGUCUGUCGGCGAGAGGUCUAGAGUCCCUACGCCUGACAUGAUCUAUGAAGAUGAGACGGCAUCAAGUGAUGAGAUGGAAAGUGAUUCCGAACCUGAUGAAGAGGCCAUGGAAAUGCAAGCCGAGAUGGAAGCCUUGAUUUCUGAUCUGGGUAUGUUCAAAAAGAAGAUCGCCGCCGACCACGAGACGUUCGGAAUUAGCGUCGCGGCAUGA